CGCGACACCUUUGUACUAAUGAUACGUGACAAUUAUUUAAUAAAACUUCCGAUGUUGGUGCCAAAUGAGAGCGGUGAACCAGAAUUAGUGCCAAAGCUGCACAUAGAAGAUUAUGAUUUAUUUAAUCCACCCGAUAUUGAUCUAUCGAUGUUGGCUAAAGUUCAGGCUGGUACUGUACAGGCCACACAACUAAGGGAUGCAGCAAUAUUUUGGCAAUUGAACUUCAAACGUUUCCAUCAAGAUUUUCGAGAUCAAUGUAUGAUAUCGGCUGUAGAAAGGAAAUUGGGAGCAAGUGCUGCCGAAUGUUUUAAACUUAUACUAAAGCAAAUGUACGAGAGAACCGAUCCCUGGCAAAGACAAGCUUCUAAUCCCUUUACUAUUGUCGAAGUGAAACAUGUGGUGGAAAAGAACUCAAAUAAUUUGGAUUUGAUAAGGCAUUUAGAUCAAUAUGUGGCAUUAAUUGCCGAUGACUCCCUGCAUUUCAUAAGAAAAAUUGGUGAAAUGGGUGGCGGUCAAUAUGUGGUAGAUUUAGCACCCGCCUUUGAAUCAUUGGCCUUGGCAUGCAUAGAAAAUGUCAUUACCGAACGUUUUGGUUCGAAAGCAUCGCGAAUCUUUCGUGUUGUGCGAAUGAAAAAAUAUAUCGAACAAGAAGAUCUACAAAAGGAGGCUAUGGUACCGGCAAAAGAAGCGAAGCUUUUAUCUUAUAAUUUAUUUCAAGAACAAUUUCUUCAAAUUAAAACAAUACGCAAAGCGGGGGGUGGUGGCACUGGACCAGCAAAGGCUUUCUAUUUGUUUUAUUUGAAAUAUAAACAGAUUGCCAAAAUGUUGCUGGACAUUUGUUUUAAGGCUUUAUACAAUGAUAUAACCCGUUCCAAUUAUGAGAAGAAUGAACACAAACGUUUAAUUGAAAAAUCUCAAAAGUUGGAUAGCAUUGUUGCAACAAUGAAAGAGAGAGGGGAAUCCGAAGAGUAUAUUGCCGAGAUUCUUGAAACUCUAACCCCACCUGAACGAGAAAUCUUGGAUAAAGUGAAGAAUCGCAUCAAGACAUUGUCCAAGGCGGAAUUAUCCCUUGAUGAUACCAUAUUUCUAUUACAAAUGUAUUUAUAUCAUUCGGCCCAGGUGUUUGUGGCACCAGCAACUAAAAAAUAA